UGUUUGCUCUUUACCAGUGUCUUCCGCGUUACGGGAAAACGGAUAACGUCACGAAAACUUUUCACGGUUUACGCGGGAACCAGGAACUCACGCGGGAUCACGUUAUUUAUUGCUGCACUGAGAAGUUGUGUGCGUCAUAACAGGCUGGCUCCAAAAUUACUUUAACACCGUACAGCAUACAGACACCAAAUAUAUUCGAAAACAGAAAUGUCAUACGUUACAAUCUAAGAAUAUUUACAAGAUUAUUUCACCCUAAAAUCGGCAAAAAAAUAUGAAUAUUCAGCCUCGACCGGAAAAACAAUAUUCUUAUAUAAAAAAAUAGUGUACAUCCCUGGACGGGAGACAGAGGCAGUAUUCACCGAACAGGCGGCAAAGCCUCGCUAAAUGUUACAGUCGAACCCGCUCUCCACAGCCAAAGUAGGGUUGUAAUAUGACACCAAUUUUAUUAGGGAGGGGAGGGUAAAAAGUUUUCAGUUUUGAAAAUAUAUAUAUAUAUAUGAAACAGAAACAAAAUGUUCAGGACAAAAGUGUCAACAUCGCAUGCAAAGCGGUAAGCACAGUGAGUUCACUGAUCAGUUUGUAAUUAAUAAAUUACACUGCAUAUUUUCCCUUUCGUCAACAACCCGACGAUGCACGGUACGGAACAGGUUUCAAGAACUUUUAUUACUGUACGCCACUAGUACUAUACGCCCGCUCAAAAAAUGGGGUUUUGUAUACUCUGUUCGUCAGUCGUUGUGAAGAAGUUAUUUUGGCCGGUUUGAACACGCUUAAUUUGUGUCUUUGGUGGCCGUUGACGUUGUGGAGUGGUGGCUGUUGUAGAGAGGUCAAAACAAGAGUGAAUGUAUGGUACAAAAAAAGUUGCUUAUGUGGAGAGGUGUCCGUUAGUGCAGGUUCGAAUUUACAUAGUUACGACGGCUCGCACCUAAUAUUAAGCGGCAUCUGAGGUGAUACACGGGCUAACUCUACUAUAGAACUAAAUUCUCUAAAUUCAGCGUUCUAUCCCUCACUAAACUGCUUGACUAUAACCCUACCCUAGUGUGCAUAUUUACUUGACUAUACCAUAUUUGCUCGAAUAAGCGCCUUUUGAAAUCAGUUUUCGCGCCUCAAACCCGGCGCUCAUGAUUCGAGGGCGGCGCUUAUUUGAGGGCGACGUUUAUUUAAAAUAUGAACGCGACGAAGAAGUUUUUUCUUUUAAAAUAUUCAAAGGGUCAUUUUCAGUCUUUGAGAAAAUUUAGCAGUAACGGAACAGAAGCGUCUUUUUUAUUGUCACCAUUCAUCCCUUCGCGCACUUUUCAAUUGGUGUCUUAAGCUUCAGGCAACUUCGAUUUCACGAGCAUCGCUUUUGGUGAACAUAAAUUUCCAAUGCUAUGCCAGACUUGAGAUUUGUAUACGUAAUUGAUUUUUAGCUACACCGAAUUUCUCGAAUAAGCGCCGCAUCCUGGCCGCGGCGCUUAUUCGGGGCGGGCGCUAAUUAACGUUUUUAUCCCAAAUGCGGCGCUUAUCCGAGGGCGGCGCUUAUUUGAGUAAAUACACAUUCUCAGCCAGUCACGAAAAUGAUCCGUAAACGCACUACAAAGGAUACUUGGGUAUAGUUAGAACAAUAACAGUGAAUGGAUGAUGCAAUGACACAAGGUGACCCCAUAAUCAACAAUUCCGCACGAUAUGUUUUAACUUGAUUUGACGCACGUUCCACAUUAUUAUUUGCGCUGUGACCGCAAUGGUAAACAUUCGAAAACAAGCCCAGUUGCAGCAAUUAUUGUGAUAUGUUGGGAAAUAAUGGUCGAGAAAUGGCAAAAUAAUCAACAAAGCUCUUGAUCUUUGCACCUUCGAAGAUAAACAGUCAGCAAAUUAUAUAAAAAAAAAUUACAAAUUAUAUAACUCGGAUAAUUUCAACGCAAGGUGAAAAUGGAUGUCCAAGGCACAAUGGACUCAAACGAUUGUAAAGACAGGAAUGACAAUGUACUCGAGGAGAAGGUCGCAGAUCCAGCAGAUUUAGAGGAAGGGAAAGAAAUCUUGCGCAAAAUUGAAAUGACGGUGACAGACUCAACUGAUUCCGAAGACGGGAGAGCUCUCAAGGAACAAGUCACCGUUUUGGAGAUGAAAACAUUCAAGAGAUAUUCCCAUUCGUUGUCUCAGUAUGACCGCUUGGAGGAGGCCACUGAAGAAGACCCCUUGAAAAUCGUUUGUGUUGGAGACUGCACAGCAGGCGUGCUAUCUAAGGGCAUCUUCAUCAAGGACUAUCUUGGAAUCAAGCCAGGAUUUAGAGUCCACCCUUUUAAUAGCAUUGAUUUCUACCUAAAAAGAGCAAAUUGGCGACGUUAUGGCAGCCUGAAAAAUUACUAUUCGGUAGUCCUUCAGCUCUGCGAAAUAUCAGACCUGGAGCGAUUUUCAGCAAUGACCAAGGUGUUCUUCCAGCACAGUCAUGGGGCGGUGGUGUUCUGGGGACCGCGUCACCCUGCGUCACUCGCUGAAGCUGUGAAGUGGAGGACGAAGAUAGCCCAAGAGGUUUGUUCUCCGAUUCCUUGCGUUUUGGUGACGGAGAAUGUUGUGGAUUCCUGUGCGAAUUCAGUGAAGUGGAUCGGACACGGCGGAAUAUUUGAGAGCGAGUUAGCUCUGGAUCAAUUCUGUAAAGAUAACGGGUUUGUGGGUCAUUUUGAGAUCACGUCACGCGACUGGGAAUCCGGUGAGAGAAGUGUUUUCGGACAAGCAGUGAACUGCCUUCUAGACGAGAUUUUGCAGGGCGAUGAAAAAGAAGACAAAACCAUGUUGUAACGAAAUUUCACCGUAGGGAGGAUCAUUUGUAUCAAGAAUAAUACAAUUAACAAUAAAACAUAAAGCAACCCGCUAUCUAACUUGUCUCUAAAGGAGCUCAGUCACGCUAUCUUGAGUUAUUUUGGCCAUGUACAAAAUUACCUUUAAAGUGAAGGAAACCUGA